AUCUUAUGUAGUGGGUCGCUUGUUGUAAAUAAAAAUAUAAAGCUGUAUCAAUUUAAGUAAAAAUGAAUAGGGUCCCAUUAUACGAAGAGUUAAGAUUGAUUGAAAGAAGUGAAACCGAAAUCAAUGGAGCUUGGAAGGGUGCACACCUCCUCCUGUUUUUCCUGGCGUUCGUGUUUGGUUCCUUCUGUACAUUUUGUUUCCAUAUGCUAAUGUACCUGUUUGACGAGAAAUGCGUACUGUUUCCGAAGCUCCUGUCUUUGACAACGGUCAAACAUAAUGUCAUUUAUGAGUUCAUUCCCUCCACAAAGGAUGUUGGAGUCUUGCCUGUGGACUUCCUAAGCACUCAGUGGGUUGAGAAGAGCACCUGUUCUCUCCCGACGUUUGUCCCGUUGGUGUCCGGGAUCUUUGGCCUCGUAUGGACCACCAUGUUCCUUAUGUGUUCCACUGGAAGUAGAACACUUACCGGUUUGCAGAGACCUUGGCGAGUAUUACCCCCGGUAUUUGUAUUCUCUUUGCUGAUGGGUGGUCUCUGCGUCUACACUUCAGUUGUCACCCAUUAUGGCUUACAUGAACUCUGUCUCAAGCUAGGAGAAAUUACCGGCAGUCCUACUUGCUCGUACACCGUGAACGUGGCGACCCUAUCCCACGAGCGUCGCAUCCGCGGUGUGUACCAGGCGACGCGGCUGACCAUCUUGUCGGCCUGGCUGCACACGGCGUGCUGGCUGCUGUCUGCCUUGCUGGCACUGGUGCGAGUGCUGUUGGCAGUAGACUUCCAGUUAGUGCGCAUCUCUGCCCAGCUCCAUGGAGACAUCGACAACAUACUGGAACAAAAUGAAGUACAAAUAAGAACUAUAUUGCCUGAUACCUCUGUAAGCGAAGAAAACGAACGAGCAGAUGCACAGAGUCAAGAUUUACUUUAUGUGUCGCAGCGUGAAAGCAGUCGCUCUACGCUUUCGUUAAUUCCUGAAGAAAUGGACAGACUUGCUAAAGCAGGAACCUACAAACUGGUUGAUGAAGAAGCAGCAUUCAUUGUGACAUGGCUGUAUGACUUAGUUGAGAAAAUUCCAUCAUCGGAUGCUACUUCUUUAGUUUCUAUAUACUCAGAAGAAGGCCCCUCAUCGGAAACAAAAUCGAAGCAGCAAACACAAGAAACGAUCGAGGCCCCAGACGAAAAUAGGGAAUCGGCAGCAGAUUCUGGAGAAAUUGAAAUGCUCUAUCGUAAGGCGGAUGUUAGAGAACCUACGCAAGAUCAAGUUCAAAAACCUAAAGGAUUUAGAUACGAAUACAGUCAACCUUCAACGUCUAAAAGUCCGCCAAUAGAGGAAACGGACGUAUCUCCUGAAACAGAACGUGUUUCAGAUGCUGCUGACGAUGACAAAUUUAAAACCAGAAGAAAAUCAAGUUUAAAAACCGUUGGAGUACAAACUGAUAAGUCCAAACGUGUCCAAAUAGUAGGAGAAACAUCCGAUCAAACUUCUACUACUUCUGACAGGAAAGAUGACGUCGAAAAAGAGACACAAACACGUGAAAAAGAAAAACAGGAUUGACGCAGUUUUAGUUUUUUAUUCUUACUCUUAGA